ACCACACACCACACCACACACCACACCACACACCACGCCACCACACACCACACACGACCCGCUCAUCAAGCACCAAAGCUGCCACAACGACAAACAAACAUGGCUGAGACCGGGGCGGUGGUAGCGCCGAGCACGACGCUUUCCAGUAGCACGGAAGCUGCUCCAACAGAGGAGAGAGCACACCAACACGACACAAGCACAGCAGCCAUGCUACAACAAAACACACAGCAACAACAUGCACACGAAGAACAACAACAGCAACAAGCUGGAGCACAGAAGGAUGGAGCACAGGAGCAAGAAGGAGGGCAGGAGCAAGAUGAGGCGCAAGAAGUAGUCCAUGCACAAGACGCACAACAACAACAACAACAGCAGCAGCAACAACAACAACAGCAAGAGGGACAAUCGUCCUCAACCUCAGCCUCAACCUCAGCCUCAGCCUCAGCCUCGUCGUCAUCUGCAUCAGCGUCAGCGCGUGCCUCUCCAACGAGCGAGUCACAAACACCGGCAACCGGUGCUACCACUGCUCCAUCAACCGCCGCAGCCAGCAAUGGCGAAUCCGCGGACGGAGAUACCGAAACCGCCGCCACGACCACCGCCACCGCCACCGCCACCUUGCCUGCGAAGGCCCAGCAGCGCUCACGCGCAAAGCCAAAGCCCAGGACGACCGCAAGAGCACGGCAGAAGCCUGCCGCCUCAAGAUCAAGGGCCAAGCCGAAGCCCCGGUCUCGCGCGAGAUCCGCCAAGCCCAAGGAGGCCGCAACCGUGGCUGCACCCACAGGCAGCCAAGGAGCAAAGACCGUGGCCAAGGCCAAUGCCAAGGCCAAGCGGGGGUCAGCAAAGGCCAAGCGCGGCUCCAACAGCAGAUCUUCGGCGUCCUCUCGGCGCAACACCGGAGGUGGAAAGUCUGGCAGCAAGGUCAAGGUUGAGGAGGAGGAGGACGACGACGACGAUGAUGAUGCUGACGCCACAGAUGAUAAGGAGCAAGAAGAGGAAGAGGAAGAACAAGUGCCGCUGGACAUUGACACCGUUGAGCCCUUUGUUGUCGACGCCCUCGCAGACGCGAUGCAAGACGACAUUAACGACAAGCUCGUGAAUCUGAUGCACGGGCUGCGCCGAAAGCUGCAAAACGCCGCCAACCGCUGCAACCGCCUCCACAAGACAAGCUACCUCGCCCCAGACAUUGAGGCGGUGAUUAUGGAGUGUUUUGACCGCACCAAGACUGACCUCCGCGACUGCAAAUGGGACAGGCCGCCGACACCUCCGCCACGGCUCAAGUCGCGGCAGGUGACAGCGGCGGCAGCAGCAAACGCAGCCGUCUGCUUCGCCAACGCACCGUCGUCAUCGUCAUCCCCACCAUCAUCGCCAUCAUCGUCGUCGUCGUUGUCGUCGUCAGGCAAGAGCAAGAGCAAGACUGCCGCGGCCAAGAGGAAGCGGCCCUCCUCCUCAUCAGCAGCAUCAUCAGCAAAGCCAGGCGCUGGUGCUGGUGGUGGUGAUAGUGGUGCCAAGGCGAAAGGAAAGGCCAGAGCAAAGGCUGCCAAGCCACGAUCACGUGCAUCGAAAGCCAAGCAGACUGACCAAGACCAGCCGCAGAAGCAAGCGAGGAAGCCACGCAAGAGCACACCUAAGGCUUCAGCAGCAGCAGCAGCAGCAGCAGUAUUGAAGGGGGAAGGGAAGCAGGAGGUGGUGGCGCGGCGGGCGGCAAAGGCGCGGCCGGGCGGAGCGAAGCCAAUCGCACGCGGCCGCAGCAAAGCAGCAAAGGCACGCGCAGCAGCAGCGGCGGCAACAGUAAAGCAGGAGGUGAAGGGUGGUGAGACGAAAGGUGUUGAGAUGAAAACAGUUGAGGUGAAGGGUGGUGACAAGACUCAGCCACCAGCAACUUCGUCGUUGUUGUUGUCACCAUCAUCAACACCAUCGCCAUCAUCAGCCCCAACUUCAGCAGCAGACGCAACACAUACAGGAGAGGCAGCAGAUGUCACACCAGGAGACGCUGGCGUGGAGGUCAAGAAGCCAAAGCACACGGCCGUUGCCGCCAAGAAUGAAGUCGCCGGCACUGCUACCACGCACAGACCUGCCGCAAUGACGCUGCUGCUGGCAUCCUCCCUCUCGUGUGGCGGCGGCGAUGCUGAUGGCGACGGUGAACCGGGAACGAAGCGAGCAAAGACAAGCGCGCAAGCCAGUACCAUCAGCGACAAUAACAACAACAACGACGACGACAACGACAGCAGCAAUACUGGUCCAGAGCCUGGUGUUCCCAUACCUGCAACAGCGCCUACAAGCAGCGCGUUGGCAGUGAGCACAACUGCGCCCGCACGGCAGAUGCUUCCGUCCACGGCAUCCACGCCGCCACGAUCGCCAUCGCUCGCUUCGCAAGGCGACAGUGCACCAGCAGAUGCACCAAUAGAUGCACCAGCACACACGGCAAUCACGGCCGACUCGGCUGCUGUCGCCGCCACCACCACAGCAACAACAACAUCAUCAUCAUCAUCAUCAACAACAACAACAACAACAACAACAACAUCAACACAACCGCCAGCGCCAGCAGCAGCAGCACGUGUGCCCGAGCCUCUGGCGGUGGCUGCUGUCAAGGCCAUGCCAUCUCUGCCAUCAAGCUCUUGACACAGAGCAAGCAAGGCAUGAUAUCCUGUACACGAACCAAAGCCGAGCUAUCACUUCAUCGCUAUUUACUCUUUGCGUCCCUGUGCGUGUGUGUGUCUGUGUGUGUCUGUGUGUCUGUGUGUGUGUGUGUCUGUGUGUGUGUUUGUGGUUGGUUGGUUGGUUGGUUGGUGUCGCUUCCUGUUUCGCUGUGCAUGACUCCAUCGCUGUGUAUCCUUGUUGUCUGCUUUUGCUUCUAAUCGUGUCAUGUGAGAACUAAUUUAAGUGUACUGCAAGUACGUGAGGCA